AUGGGUAUCAAUGGCCUCCUGACCGUCCUGAAAUCGAUCCAGAAACACACCCACCUACGCCAGUUUGCGGGCCAGACAAUUGGAGUAGAUGCUUAUGGCUGGCUACAUCGCGGCACCGUGGGAUGUGCCAUGGAGCUGGCACUUGACAAACCAUGCACCAAAUACGUCGAAUAUGCAAUGCACCGUGUUCGGAUGCUCAUCUAUUUUGGCGUCACGCCCUAUCUGGUUUUCGAUGGCGACAAUCUACCCAGCAAGACAGCGACCGAGGUCGGAAGGGCGAAGAGGCGCGAGGAGAGUAAGAAAAGGGGUCUCGAACUUUACAAAGCAAGCAAGAUUUCCCAGGCAUAUCCGGAAUUCCAGAAGUCCAUUGAUGUUACACCAUACAUGGCACGACAACUGAUUGAGGAGUUGAAGAAGCUGGACAUCCAAUACGUCGUUUCUCCGUACGAAGCUGAUGCGCAGCUCGCAUACCUGGAGAAAAAAGGAAUCAUUAACGGCAUCUUAUCUGAGGAUUCAGACCUUCUCGUCUACGGAGCUAAGAGGCUUAUAACCAAGCUGGAUCAACAUGGCGACUGUAUAGAAAUUAGCCGAUCCGAUUUUGCCUCCUGCCGCGACAUGACUCUUGCGGGCUUCACCGACGCCGAUUUCAGACUGAUGGCAGUCCUUAGCGGGUGUGACUACCUUGCCAGCAUCAACAAAAUUGGAUUGAAAACUGCGCAUACAUAUGUCCGCAAAUACAAAUGCGUGGAGAAGAUUGUGCACAUGCUUCAAUUCGAGCAAAAGUUUGUUGUACCAAAUGGCUAUCUCGAGCGCUUUUAUGAAGCUGAGAGGACAUUUCUGCAUCAUCGAGUUUUCUGUCCGCUGGAAAAGAAGCUGGUAUUUUUCACAGAGCUCGAGGACGGCAUGAAAGAGGAAGAUAUGCCUUAUCUUGGCAAGGACGUGAGUCCUGCGAUCGCCAUUGGCGUUGCAUGUGGAGAUCUCGAUCCAAUGACCAAGAAACAAAUCGCAGUGAAUGUCGCAAUAUCGUCACGUUCCAUGCCAGAUCUGCAUCGCAGAAGGACUGUUGCUUCUGCUAACGACCUGAAACCGAGCAAAUCCAUCGACAAUUUCUUCAAACCAAAACGCCAGCCACUAGCCGAACUUGAUCCCAAUAGUCUCACGCCCUCACCUUCGCAACAACGCCUCCUGAAUAUGAAUAGAAACGCUUCGUGGGAAGCACGACCGAUCUCGUCGGCCCCCCAGCUAGGGAGGACGGCUUCAAUCAUGCCAGGUGCAAGCCAGGUGCGGACAGGCCAAUCCCAAUCUCGCGAGAGGUCAUCUUUUCUAGAAAGAGCUGCCACCCUCUCGACGUUUCAACCACCCAAGCGGAUAAGAUUGUGCUCUGACGUGGAUGUCUCGCCAUCUAGUAAAGAUGAUCGAAGUCCCUUUUUUGUUAUGAAGCCGGAGCCUAGUCCGUCGAUUCGAAAGAGAGGCAAGACCAAGAAAGCAAGGCUUUCUGACAUUGAGGUAUUUUCUGAUGAUUCUGUUGCCGACAUAUUCCAAGAUAUGCAGGAUCCAGAAAUUGGCUCUGUUGACACGUCAACCAAGCCGGCUGUCCUACCAGACACGACAGGGAGAAGCACGAGUAGAGCAUCUAGUCCAAGCGCGACUCUUGUCACAGAGGUUUGCGAUACACCAAUUAGGCAGAAAAUUCAGAUUCCGCAGUCAGGCAUAUCACAAAGUACGACAGCCAUCUCUGUCAGUGCUGAUGAUGACCCAGGAGAAUUUCGAGACUUGUUCGAAGUCCAUGUUGAGCACUUGAACAACUUACGGAACACAUUUUCCUACCAGAGACCUGAAAAGCAAGCAGCUGCGCUUAAAGCGCUGAGCCCUGCAAAUGGUACUCCUCAACUUCCUAAAGAAACAGCACCAAAUCAAGAUGGUGUUCCACGGCUCAGCCAGGUGGUGCGUCGACAUGCUCAAUCACAACAUUCAGCAUCAUUGCACAAGACAUUCGGCACACUGCCCUCGCAUCAACAAACCGCUGCUCUAAAGUCUUUGGGACCGAGUCAGAGUUCCGCGGAGAAGGUGAAAUUGGGCUUAGCGGCACUGGAUUCGGCCACCCAUUCAUUCAUGGGACAGAGGCCCAUGACCCCCCUUCAGCAGUUGGGAAAGCGAGUUUUGGAUACAUCACGAAGUUCGGACUGUAUCAGCCAUGGUGGAUCACGUAGUGACAGGCCGAGAACGGGAUCUCGGGUCAACCAAGUAUUAAAAGUCAAUGUGCAGGGCAGCGAAGAUCUUCUUGUGCCAAAGAGCGAGGAUGAAAGAUCAGAAGUGUCUGAGAUUGAGGACGUUGAACCCGUCAGGCGGCAUGUUGAUUUGGCUAGAUUCGUCUUCACGACGAGUGCGUGA